GCCACAUCAACAACUCCAUCCUUGAAUACGCUCUUCUUCUCUCUAUUAUCAUAGAUAUACCUCGAGUUCCUCUCAUCCCAUAUAUCUCUCCCAUAUUUAAGUCGCAAGGUCAGAGGGCGCCUACCUUCCUCUAUCCAACACCAUGGCGCCGCAAAUAUCAUAUGCGAAAGCAACCCUCAACUACCCUCUGUACUCCGCCGCAUUCGAUCCCUACAAUCGCGGCUACUUGCUAGUUGGCGGCGGCGGAGGGGAAGGGAGGAGCGGUGUUCCAAACAAGAUUACACUCCUCGACGUAUCCUCCCGCAGCGCAAUCGAAGAGGUCGGCGAGAUCGACCUCCCUCGUACCGAAGACAGCGUCAACACGCUCGCGAACCUAGGGACCAGCGCCGGCGUCAUCGCGCUCGCCGGCAUCAAUUCCAGCACCGAAGACUGCAAACGGGGGCAGAACGAGCAUUUUCGCACGUACAGCGUCGUGUAUCCCGAGCCCAAGACAGGCAAAGGGUCGAAGAAAAAUGCGAACGGAGCGCAGGAUGAGAAGCAGACACCCGGGAAGAUCGAACCGCUGAGCAAAUGCCGCGUGUUUUCGACCCAGAAGGACGACAGGGCGCGGGUGGAUGCGUAUCAGCGGAUAUUGCGGUUGAGUCCCGCAACGAUCAAACCUGGCAAGCACCAUGGCAAUAAGAGGAUCGGGGCGAUUGCUACUGGCCUUGCCAAAGAGAGCGAACUGGUAGUGUUCAAUGGGACGGUGACGAGACCGGACGAGAAGGACAUCAUUCGGCGGAUUACUCCACCAAAAGCAGCGGAGGUGAUAGACAUGGACAUUGCGGAACCGGACGACGGAUACUUUCUUCUCACCUAUGCAACCGACGGGGAAGUGUUCCUCGGCGAGAUCGCGUAUGAUUUUACCAAGAGGAAGGCGAAAGGGAAGCUUUCCGACCCGCACAAGAUCUUCUCGAUGCCUUUCCCAGACGUUUUCGAAUCCCCCACCGGCCGAUCGAAGUUUCGGUUCGUCCGAUUCCUGACCGCUGAUCAUCUUCUCCUCCUCCAGAACCAUAUCACAUCGAACGGUAAGGUCUGCGAGCUGGUCAUUAUGAAGGUAUAUCCCUCCGGUGGACCCGGCGAUAUUCUGCUGCGGAAACGGUUCUCGAAACGGCUGGGACCGAGCGUGGGGAUGGACGUUUGCGCUCUCGACGCGGACGAGACCACUGGAGCCAGACAGUUCGCCGUCGCCGUCGCGGGCCAGGAUCGGUCGAUCGUCGUCCUUACAGUCGACUAUAGCGGCAAAAAAACAGAUCAGUUCGGGCCCUUCCGAACGGUCACCACCAUCAAGGACGUCCACGCGCACACGAUCACCAAGGUCGUCUUCUCGCCGUUUAUCCCGCCCGCCAAAUACACCGCCGCCUCCUCGAAACCCUUCCUCUUCCUCGCCUCCACCUCCAUCUCCCACACCGUCUCCGUCGAGCACAUCCCACUAACCACUACCACUACCUCCACCGACACCCCCCGCCACCUCCUUUCCCCUCCUCAAUCCGCUCUCACCGCCCUCUCCGCCAUCUCCUCCCCCCUCAUCUACCUCGCCGCCUUCCUCCUCGUCUCCACCAUCGUCCUCCAAUCCUUCUUCGACUACCGCACCGCCACCUCCAACUCCCCAGCCGUCCAGCUCAUCCCCAACGCCAUCCGACAGCCCCUCUCCCACCUCCGCGACGCCUUCAGCCAGAUGAACGCCGCACGCCAACAGCCCACCCCCAAGCUGCGCGAACUCCGCCAACGCGUCCUGCCCGCAAAACCACACUCUACCCCUCUAGAACCUGGCAAAGCCGUCCUCGUAACAGCGCCGGAAACUGAAGGCAUGGGUGGGAAGCUGCUGGCCGAGCUCCACCACGACGAGGCGGUGCUGCAUGCGGAUCCGGGGGCGAGGCGGUGGGAGGAGCUGAGUAAGCGGGAGCAGGAGUCGUGGAAGGGGCGGUUGGUAAGGGCCGGGGAGUGGGCAGUGGAGGAGGGGGAGACGGUGUUGAAGGGGGUGUUCUUUUCCGGGCUGGCGGGGUUCGUGGGUGAGGCGGCGCGUGAG